AUGUAUAUACAUAUAACUACUACUACUGCUACUGCUACUGCUACUACUACUACUACUACUACUACUAUGUCAUCACAAGAGAAUUAUAAGGGAGUGUUACAAGAGCUUUGUCAAAAGACAAAGGAGCCGGUACCCAUCUACUCUGAGAGUGUGCAACACUAUGAAGGCGGCCAGAAUCUGUUCACGUCCGAGGUAAAGUGCUCGAUGAAGGGUGUCUCGUUUGUCAACAGCGGCAAGGGAAAGACAAAGAAGGAGGCCGAGAAGAACUCUGCCUUUAGCACACUGCAACACAUCUUUACAAGAUUCCCCGAUCUAGCUGCCGAAGUGGCUCGUAUGGGUACGAGUGGUGCUGGUGGCGGUGGUGGUGGAAGUGGUGGUGGAAGUGGAGGAGGUGGCGGCGGCGGAGGGAGUGGCAGCUCAGAGAGAGACCGCGACAGGGAAAGAGAAAGAGACCGAGAACACAGAGAGCGUGAACGCGACAGAGGUGACCGAGACCGUGAAAGAGAACGCGACCGCGAGCAUCGAGACAGAGAACAUCGUGAUAGAGAACACCAACCUAGAGACUGGGACGCUCCAUCGUCAUCGUCGUCAUCAUCAAUGAUGAGUAGUACUCAAUCGUCUGGAACAGAGUUACUACAACUAAGAAUGGCGUUUGAAGCAUCUACCAAGCACUUUACCGAAAAGAUUGCUACACUCGAGCGAAGAUACACCGAUCUCAAAGAAACAACACCUCUCACACGCACAGCACGUCAAGUUGCCAGACACGACACCCGACACGAUCGACUUUUACACGUACCGUGUUGUCUUUUCACACGGAUUCAAGCCAAAGUCGUAUUCACAUCUUGGACGCGAGUAUUUGUUCAAGGGGUUCAUCUUGUACACUACAGAGAUGCAACAUACACCCGUCAUUCAUAUUGCCAAUGCUGGAGGACAGCACUUUGGCAUGUCGAUCGUCGAAGCCGAGCAUGUCACAGUCUCGCGCGACGACUUUCAAAAGAUGUUGACAUUUAA